GGUUCCUCUUUACUGGAAGCACACGAAGGCAACAGGUGUCUACGUUAAAGUACCGCAGUUACGACAGUUAACGUUAUCGUCUCUUAUUCGCGACGAGUUGUACAAACGCGAAGGCUGCGGGCGCGCUGAUCACUACUUAACAAAAGUAUUAUUUUUGUCGUCAGUAAUACCGCUAGCCGACCUAGCUUUAUAGGAGCAAGGACCACUCUCGCUUGAAACCGAGGACCGCGCCAACUCGCGCAAAAUGGAUCUGAAUUACGACUAUUUGAUCAAGUUCCUGGCGCUGGGAGACUCCGGUGUCGGCAAGACGAGCUUUCUCCAUCAAUACACCGACGGCGUCUUCAGCGCCAGAUUUAUAUCCACCGUUGGGAUUGAUUUCAAGGAAAAACGAGUGAUAUAUCGGACAGAUAAUGGUAGAAGCCGACGAGUGCACUUGCAGCUCUGGGACACAGCUGGUCAAGAGCGGUUCAGAAGUUUAACCACAGCCUUUUACCGGGAUUCCAUGGGUUUCCUACUAAUUUUUGACCUGACCAAUGAGCUGUCGUUCCUUGAAGUUAGAAACUGGCUGGAGCAUCUUAGGACACACGCGUAUUGCGAUGAUCCAGACAUAAUUCUCUGUGGCAACAAGUCUGAUCUUGAGGAUAGACGUGUCGUCAGCAAGAACAAAGCGCAAGAUCUCGCUAAAAAGCACGGCUUGAUGUAUUUGGAGACAAGUGCUGCUACCGGGGAGAACGUCGAGGUCGCCGUGAAUUUAUUAUUAGACUGCGUAAUGCGCAGAAUGGAAACUACAGUAGACAAGAUGGUGUUACCACAUCAGAAAGUUUUAAGAUGCCACGAGAACGAUACCCCACCGCCUAGCAGUUCUUGCUACUGCUGACAGUGUCAAUACAUGUAGUUAUCUAAACUACUUUGUUCACCAAUACAUAUUAUACGUGGAAGAAAAAGGGGGAAAAAAACAUAUUGUCGGAACUGGCAUUCCGUUUGGUGAAACGAAUGUCAAUUUUAUCACGCACUUUCAUCGCGUAGACUUUCAAGAUUUCUUAUUACUAUAUCAUUACUGCACACAUACUAAAUGUCUUCCAUCGUAUCUUAUUCUCGGGUGAAAGCAUCUCCUGGCUUCGGGAAACUCACCGACACUCAAUUAGUAUUUAUACAAUGUUGAAUCUCGUUUUCUACAGGCAGUUAUCCGUUGUUGCCGAAAACUUUAAUGAAUUAUCCUUUUAUAUCGUCGUCGUUUACCGAUGUUGUUUGUUCUUGAAUAAUAAUGUUCGUGAAAGUUUAAAUAUCGGCUCUAAAAAUGUUUUCUAUCCUAUGAUAAUAUGUACUAAACUUUUCUAUCACUAUCAUUAUAAGCACAAGGUGUUUAAUAAAUCAAUCUUUUUUUACUUACCAAAAGUAUGAUGUGCGAUCAAUAUUCGCGACAAAUAUUUCGAAAGUUACGACGAAUUUGAUUGUAUUAUGCCAAUAUUGAUUGUAUUUUUUAUAAUGUUAUAACUGAUCAGAGUUAAUAUAUUUAAUCAUAUGCUUGUAUAUAAUGUGUGUGUAUAUGUACACAUGCAUACAUAAUUAUCUUUAAAUUAGUAACAUUUAUUUCAUUGAGGCUAAUAAGUUACAAUACAAUAAUGUAUAGGUAUAUUUCUAUAUAACAUGAUAUAAAUAUAACGAGAAAUUAAUUUGUUAAUAAUAUAAUACGCGUACGCAGGCAAAAAUCCAACUACAAAUUAUAUUGUGAUUUAUUAAGGUCUCAAUUAUGAAAUAAGUGCUACUAGUAUUAAAAAGAAUUAUGUACUUGGUUUAUAUUAAUGUUUACAAGUGCAUAUAUCGAUGCUAAUAAUUCGAUUGUAAUAAUUUAAAAAAAUGUGUUUUUUUUCUUUACCUUUAUUUACAUUGUAAUUAUCAAUAAUAACAGUAUGCUCUAGUAGACGAAAAAUGUCAUUAGUAACAUCAUAGUAACAACAAAGUACAAGAUCUUGAAGAUCGACGAUUAAAAAUUAUAGUAACAUUAAUUUGACGGAAAAAGUCUCGAGAGUAUAAAUAAAUAAUAAAAUCUUA